GGUUCACUUGGUGUAUGGGUAAGUUAUACUGUAUACAUUCUUUAGUGUUGUUCAUCCUGGAGAGAGAAGGGAACGUCCCAAAAUCACAAAUGUACGUAAAAACGACAUUUCUGUCGACAGUGAUAUAAAAUUUUAUGUGUUGAUGUGAAAUAGGAGGUUAUAAAACGAAUUAUUUUUUCUGAAAUGCCAUACAAUAAUCACCGUACCAUGUAAAGGAAUGCUUAGCAUAUUGCUUCCUGCUUCAUCUACCAACCUGAGCAAAAUAUGUACAAAAAGGAAGGAAUUAAAGGAAAAUGGACAGCUCAUUUCGUUGUGAGGGCUACCUGAAGAAUUUGUGUACUUGCAAAUCUUGCUUCCGAAAAUUGGUGGAGCCUUUCACCUUAGAAUGUGGCGACAUUUUGUGCAGAUACUGUGUGGACAAUUUCGUGACCGAAACUUGUGAUCCUAUCACUUGUCCAGUUUGUGAUCAGAAAAUGCCCGGAAGUAAAGUGACGCCCAACAGUCAUAUUGAGAAGUUGGUUCGAAUACUUGACGAGGCCACCGCCUUGUAUGGCUUCAUUAAAAAACAUCCUUUUUGUGACGAACAUGAAACUGUAUCUGCUACACAUUUCUGCUACAACUGUUCUUAUUCACUCUGUAAGAAUUGUGCAAAAGUUCACGAGCGUUCGACCGCAGCAGAACCUCACGUAUGUACAGAAACAGGAAGUAUUGAUGAAGUCACCAAUGUCUCCGAUGUACUUCUCGUGCGAGGGAAAGAUCUGGAGUUCUGUGACGUACACCCCAAUAGAACCUUAACGCUCUGGUGUUUGGUCUGUGACUGUCCUGUGUGUGAGCAAUGUAGUUUACUGAAACAUAAAGGCCAUACUCACGAGUAUCUAUCCAAGAUUACAGAACAUACGGAGGGCGAAUUAAAUGAAAUUAAAACACAAGCCGAAAAAUACAUACGCGAACAAAUAUUUGAGAAAGAAAAGCUUUUUCAAGAGGAAUCAAUCCUGAAAACUGAACUGGCUCACGGCACAAAUAAGAUAAAUAAAUGGCACAUUGAGGUGUGCAGAGAUCUAGAAAGGAAGAAAGGCUACUUGCUGAACAAUUUCGGAUUGAAAAUGCGAGCACGAGAACAAGAAUUGGGAAAUCAUUCCGUGGAACUUUUCGAGAAACGCUCUUUGCAUUUAAACGCCUUACUAGAAAGGUGUAAACUAAUUGAUUCUAUUCCAUAUUUCGGAAACUCGAUGGAUAUAAUACGUGAACACGCCAGUAUUAAACAUAUGUGGAACCAACUUAAAGUUCCCUGGGCUUAUGAACGACCUGUGGAAGACGUAAAUAUACACUUUAGGCACACUGAGUCAACGCUUAACUGUUUACACGAGACACCUUAUGGAGAGAUUCAGAUUACCCCAAGAAGAAACGAAAUUUUGGAUAAAUCAGCACAAGUAGCCUGUGACGUUCCCUGCCAGUACGAACAAACGAGCUCCUUCGACUCUCGUGUGCGUGUAACCUGUAUGCGUGUUCUGGACAGAGAGACACUAGUCGUGGUCAGUCAUUCGUCGACAAAGUGUAUUCGGUUUUCAUUCGAAGGUAAAAUGAUCUGGGAAUUCCGAGAUAAACUAAUAGGACCAUACGAUGUUAUAUCAGGGAGCAAAAAGAAAGGGUUGUAUCUGUUGGUGUCGGAUCCCGGAGAGUUAUCUAGCGAGACUCCGGGAUUUAUCAGACUUUACAAAGAAAGGAAAAAUUCGGUAUUGUUUGAUAGAAACUGCAUAAAGGACACUUAUCCAAGGGGUCUUGCCAUCCGUGAAAGCACGUUGUUUGUCUGUAAUGUCAAGGACUCCGUAAUAGAAUCUUAUGGUAUAGGACACAAUUUUGAAUGUCGUCUACUGAAAAAAUAUACCUUACGAGAAAAUAUGAAAUCACCAAUAUAUGUAGACCCUGUGUGUGAAGGAAGGUUUGUAGUGACAAGUUUGGAACUGGGGGUUGAUUUAGUUGACAUGAAUGACGACAAUGGUCGUUCCAGUCACGUCGUGGAUUACACGGAAGACUUCAUGCCCUCUAACUGCGUUUGUGGUCAUGGCGAGACUCUCUUUGUGGGAAACAAAAUCUUUCCGCAGUUGAUGGUGAAAAGUUUGAAAGAUAUAAACAAAGAAUUCAUUUCCGAAAUAGAUACUGCACAUGGUCCAAUAACCACAGUGACGUAUGACAAUCAAAAUACAACGAUCUGGGUAGCUUUAAAAGAUGGGACAGUGACACGGUUAUGUAAACAAUGUAGGACGACGAACGAAGAUUCUGUCACUGAUGAUAUGAAAACUGCCUGAACUUAAUUUUAUGUAUUUCUCUCAUAAAGUUGCCAUUGGGAGAAAUAGCUUUUCUUUUUUUAUGAAAUAGAGAAAACAAGACGCCAUAACAAAUCGUAUCAAAUUUCUCGAUGUGCUUGACUAACACCAAAGUGCAAUGCGGCUUUAUAGCAGCAUUUUAGAAACUGGAUGGAAUUUUAAGUAACAUUAUUCCGUCUCCAAUUCUCCCAGGUAAAACUUGCACUGGUAUGUUGACCGAUGUGUUCGUUUAAGAAGUUCCUGAAUGCAACAGUAACGCCGCCAUGGGCCCUGAAUGCUGAUAUUGGUAUGUGUGACCCACUGGGUAUUGCGAAUUCAUGUUGGAUCGCAUUAGUGUCUCUAGUACUUCAUACUCACAGCCUUCACAAUUCAUUGUCAUUGGAUCAAGUUCGUAAACUCCAACUCCUGAAAUCUGGAAUAAGAUUAAAUCUCUAGCAUCACGUUUAAAGUAGUAAAGAAGAAUGUAUUUUCUUUUCAAAAUUGCA